GGGGGCGAAGCAGCCAAUGAGAGGAGGGGCGGGUGAAGAUGGCGCUGGCGGAGCUGUGCGCUCUGGAGAAGACUCUCGGUCUGAGGAGAAACCAGUUCAGUGACUGUCAGGGCGACAGUGGGGUUCCAGUGCUUCAGACAAAUAAUGGGCCUGGUCUUGUGGGACUGACUACCAUAGCGUCUCACCUUGCGAAACUGGCCCAAAGAGCAGAACUCUUGGGAACUACACCAGAGGAGAGCGCAGUAGUUCAGCAAUGGCUUGAAUAUAGAGUAACCCAGGUAGAUAGGUGCACCAGUCAAGAGGACACAAGAACUAUUUUAAAGGAUCUCAAUCGUUACCUGGAAGAUAAAGUAUACCUGGCGGGAAAUGGCUUCACUUUAGCAGAUAUUUUGGUGUACAAUGGCUUGCAUCCUAUUGUGACCCGGCUUACCCAUGAAGAUCGAGAGAAAUAUCUGAAUGUGUCUCGGUGGUUUAACCACAUCCAACACUAUCCUGGAGUCAGACAGCACUUUGACGCCAUCAUCUUCAUGAAGAACAGACUCUAUCCUACCAUCCAUUAGGAAAGCUCUCUGCAGUCUUUAUGUGUCAUGCUGAAUCUGAGCAUCUGCUUGUCAGGGUUGAAGUAGUGAGGGUUGACAUGGGCACAUUUGCUGACUAUUUCUGCCAUACAUGAGAACAGGGGUUGUGUUCUUUUGUCUGCCUGAACUGACUUUAGGUCAAAAGCCAAUUAAUUUACGACAUUUUUAUUUUCAGUCUGUAUUGAACUCCAAAAUUGGGUAUACUGUGAGUAUACUUGGUUGCCUCCACUAUGUUAAACAUAACCUUGUACAACAUCUGAUAUCCACAUGAUACAAUACAUUGUCUGUUGAACUACAACCACAUGCGCAAAAUCCUCAAGCCUGCCUAUUGAGCAUCAGCCUCCCUACUCGGUCUUUAGAUCUGGAGCUUCAAGCACCUGAAGUAGGUUACCUGAAUGUUUUUUCAAGUGGCAAAAUCCUGAAAACACUUCAGGCCCUUUUCCAGGUUUACCAAUUCCUCAAUGCAGUACACUAAAUGUUGCAGAAAUCCCACAACGUGAUGCAACACAAAAUAUUCGGAAAGCUUGGGCAAGCUGUAUUUGAACUGUGUUUGCAGGCACUGAGAUUUUGCAUGUAACAUUUGCUGAUAUUGUACAGAUCUCAGUGGGAGACGUGCUGGAGUUGGCCUCUGCCCGUUUGUUAUUUUGCUCCUCUUUUUAGGGUUCUGCCUCCUCUGCUGUACAUCAUUCUCUGACUGAAGCAGCCCAUUCAUCCUCCUGCUUAUCACAGGGUUAAUAUUGUGGGAAUCCCCUUUAUGAGAAAUUGUAUAGGAAAAUCCACAUUUUAGUACUGCUUGCUACAAUUUGAUGGUAUUGUUUGGAGAAUCACAAGGGUGGUGGUGCCAUUGAUGUGGAUAUCAGAUGUUCUACUGUACACAGUUGUGAUUUGGGAUGAUUCUCAUUUCUCAGUGGGUUCAUAGCAAAAUUGUACUAGAUCGUUAGAAGAGCAGUUCAAGAUUUUACUUGAUGCCUUUUGUUAAUGAGUAAAAUGAAUAAAUAAACUUCUUUUAUGAGGGUAUAAGAAAUGUGAUCCUGCACAGUUGUUUUAGUACAAUUGUUGGUGCAUUCCAGCAAUAGGAGCAGACCAUGUUUGUUCCUGUCACUGAAGGAGCACUGGUUAGAAGUUAGUUACCUCCGAAAUAAAUUAUCUACAUUGGAGGUGAGGGCUACAUUGGAAUGAGUAAAUAAAUCCUGAAUUACAGAUUGAGGAGUAAAUGUGACUGCCCUCCAUCUACAUAUCCCAUCUAAUUGCUAUAUUAAACAUACUAAUUAACAAAGGGCACUGAGUAAAAUCUUGAAUGUGUCUUCUAACUAACCAGUACAACUUUAGCAAUAAAUUGAAGAGAACAGUGGUGUUAUGCGUCACUGAGCCUUGUUUGUUGUGUAGAUUUAAACCAAAGGAUACUGUGCUAUGUGGUGUUUGAAAUGUAACAAAAAAGCUAACAAUUUUUUAUUAAUAGUGACCUAAGAAUUUCCAUAGGCAACCUGGAUUACCUUCUUUAAAAAGGAAAGUACUUGUGUUUGCAUUAUCUUUUUUAAUGAUUUUAAGGCCGGUGAGAAUGUGCUAUUGUUAAUAAAAGGGAGCCAGUAAUCUUCGCUCAACUGUGACGAUCGCUAAUCUACUGUGACCCUACCAGUCACAAAACCAUGUCUUAUAAUAAAAUCAGUACACAAGGUGACUAUUUCACAUUAAUGUUUAUUAGCAGAUGUCUGGAAUGAGUACUCUGAAAUAAAUCAGAAUAAAUUUAGUUGAUUGUUAUUUGGUACGAGCAGUUUUAAAAUUCACAAAAAUACAUCCCAAACCCGAGACCUCAUAUAUUAACAUGGAAUGCUGUACAACACUUCUUCUUGGAAUUUGUUUUAAUAUUUUUGAAUAUGAAAAAAACAGGACUGAGUAAGCUUGUUAAAACUUUAUCUUAAAAUGAUCUCAGUAUGUUUGCACUUGACCUCUGAUAGUUCUUCAUGGCUCAGUGUUAUCAAUUCAAUACCGCCUUUUAAUAAGAUUCUCUUCUUUGAUAACAUGUGUUACUAGUAAAAGAACUUGGGUUCUGAUAGAAAUGAGCAUGGUAGUACUGGGCAUAACUUUCCGAGACACUUUGCUUAAUGGCUGUAAUGAGGAGUCCUCUUUUUUAUGGUUUAAAACAAUAUACAAUGAAUGUCCCACUGAGACUGAUAGUUUGUAUAAGGACUUGGUGGAGCAAAGUUGCAUACAGCUGCAUUUAAAGAAAUGUCUUCAUUUACAAUGGAAUGCUUAUUUAAUAUAGUCCAUCCUGUUCAUAAUUCUUGAUCAUCAACUCCCGAUUUAAUCUCGCUAACCAUGGCAGCAAUGAUCACGAGUCUUCAGUAUGGAAAAUUGCCAUGAAUUGACAGCACAGAAUGCACUGGUUGUCAGCCUCUGUAUCAAGACCUGUUACCAGUACAAAGAACAUGAGAACUCAAUAAAAGCUCAGUGUCAAUUA